AUGGCAAUUACAAUCGGCAUUGCAGGCAUUACAGGCAAAUUCGCCAGCCUAAUUGGGAAGAAUCUUUUAACCUACCCAGAAGUUAGAAUUCGGGGUUAUUGUCGCAACGUUGGAAAGCUAGCGGAAGGUUUGCGCUUGUCCCCGCACGUGAGCGUUGUUGAAGGGGAUGCUACUGAUUUGGACUCUAUACGCCAUUUCGUCAAGGGCUGUAAUGUUGUUAUCUGCUGUUAUCUAGGUGAUAACAAACUUAUGACCGAAGGACAAAAGUUGCUUGUUGAUGCAUGCGAGGCUGAGAACGUCCCACGGUAUAUUGCUAGCGACUAUUGCCUCGACUUUACGAAACUCGAGUACGGUCAGCAUCCAGCAAAGGAUCCUAUGAAGCAGGUCAAGGAGUAUUUGGAAACGAAAAAGAAUGUGAAGGGCGUUCAUAUUCUAAUAGGAGUAUUUAUGGAGACAUUUUGGAGCUCAUACUUUGCUCUCUUUGACCCAAAAGAGUCGAAAUUCUCCUAUUAUGGAACUGGUGAUGAGGUCUGGGAGUCUACUUCAUAUGCUACCGCAGCAGAGUUUACUGCCGCCGUUGCUAUGGAUCAGUCCGCAGUGGGAAUGUUUCACUUCCUCGGAGACCGAAAAACUCUUCGUCAGAUCGCUGAUGAAUACACUGAGGUUUACGGCCAAACACCAAAACUCGAGUGUCUCGGCUCGCUUGAAGACCUCUACACCGCUAUGCAGGAGCUCUUCAAAAAGGAUCCCUCAAAUAUAUACACGUGGAUUGCACUUUUCUACCAAUUUUAUUCUUCAAAUGGCCAGGCUUACUUGAAGAAAGAUCUCGAUAACAGCAAAUACUCUGCAGUCAAACCUGAGACAUUCAAAGCAUUUAUGCAAUCUCGAACCCCUAAAGAACUCAGUGACUCCUACAAGAACGCUGGGUCCGAUGUUUAA